AACAUUUUUCGUUAGCGUAUGUAAUGAAAUCAAGUUUACAAAACUAUCUCUACGUUGCCGUAAGAAAAUUUCUAAACACGCAGUGCAUUAUGUUCAUAGAUCUAUUAUUUUCGAAUUCCACACUUCCGGUGGCCAUUAUAAAAAAAGAAGUCCAUUUCAAGAAUUUGGUCAUGUAAAUUCCCUUGAAUGUAUCACGCUACAAUAAUGGGUUCCAAUCCUGUUCCAGCUUUUUUGACCAAGCUGUGGGCACUUGUUGAAAACCCAACAUGUGAUGACCUGAUAUGUUGGGAUGAAUCUGGAAAAAGUUUCCAUGUCUUCGACCAGGGAAGAUUUGCUAAAGAGAUAUUGCCUCUUUACUUCAAACACAGCAACAUAGCCAGUUUCAUCAGGCAGUUAAACAUGUAUGGAUUCAGAAAAGUAGCCAACAUUGAGCAAGGCCUGAGAUUAGAGAAGGAUGACCUAGAAUUUCAUCAUCCUUAUUUCCAGAGAGGCGAGGAGCAGCUGUUAGAACACAUCAAAAGAAAAAUCACACAUCAUUUACCUGUACACCCCAAAAUCAAGAUGGAGCCAGUCCAAGAAGUUAGUGUGCCUGCAGAAGAUCUAGAUAGAAUGGUGUCAGAGGUCAGUCAGGUCAAGGGCAAACAGGAAAUGAUGAACAGUAAAUUGGAAACAAUGAAGAGAGAAAAUGAAGUGCUCUGGAGAGAAGUUGCCUCUCUGAGACAAAAACAUAUUAAGCAAACACAGAUUGUGAACAAAUUGAUCCAGUUUCUGGUGCACUUGGUGGGAGCUAACCGUGUAACUUCAGCCAACAAGCGUAAGAUGCCUUUAAUGAUCAGUGACACUGCGAGUCCUAAGGUGCCCCGAUAUAAUAACCUCCCCAUAGACAUGGACACAGCAGGCUACACAGUGCAUAGUCCUGAAUCAUACAGCUCUGUAACGAGCAGUAGCAAUGGCCCCAUCAUCCACGACAUCACAGACCAACAUACAGGGAACCCGAAACAGACGUCAGAUGUCAAGAUUGAGCAGCCAGCCAUUGCUGAUAUCUCUGAUCUAGCCCUGCCUUUGGACCUCAUGACUUCGCCCUCAGGACCAGAUGCUAGUGAGGACAGGGAAGACCUGAAUCUCUUCAGUGGGGAUCUGUUGUCAGAUUCUGGGAAUUUUCCCAAAGUGAUGUCAAUGUCAGACCUAGGAAGACUGGGAUACAAAACAAGUGUCAGUGAUUCCAAAAGCUCGCCAUCAACCUCUGUGACUUCAACAGGCAGUUCAGGUACUUUGUCCAGACAGGUGAAAGAUUUCCAUCGACAGAAGUCAGUAUCAGAGAUGUCGGACCAUGUCGAUUCUGUGAAUUCCGAUAUAGAAGGACUAAAAGACUUGUUGUCUGGAUCCAACUAUUUUGAUCCCAGCAUGCUACUAGGGCUGUUUAAUCCUGAUGGUGAGCACAUUCCUACGGGGAAUUCACUAUUCAAUGCUGAUGGAAGUAUAAAUGCAGCAUUGGGAGAUUCAAUUUUAGCCGGGUUGGACAGCAUCAAGUCGGAUGAUUUGUCAAAUUCAGGGUCUCUUGUCCAAUACAAAAUGGGAGAUGAAAGUGUUCCUGACCUUUUUGACCUUGCUGAAAUGUCCAAGGAGGAUAAUGAAGAGGAUUCCACAAAGGAUUGCAUGGAUCAGUCCAACAAAUCAAAAUCACUGGACACACCCCUCCCCAUCCAGAUAUCAGCUGAUGACCUGGAUUAAACACGAGGCAUACUAGAUGUACAUGUUGUACUCUGUACACUUAUUCCUUGUACAUUUACAGUAAAACAUGGUUAUAGUGAACCUCCAGGGUGUACUGUAAAACAUGGUUAUAGUGAUCCUCCAGAGUGUACUGUAAAACAUGGUUAUAGCGAUCCUCCAGGGUGUACUGUAAAACAUGGUUAUAGCGAUCCUCCAGGGUAAGUGAAAAACAGUUCUUCAAAACCAAACUUCCUUCAGUCCAACAACAUUUUUGUUAUUUUCCUUUCAUAGGGAAAUAGAUAUCACUUCGCAAUAAACGUGAAUUCGUUGUAAGCAUGUUCAUUAUAAACGUGUUUUACUGUACUUCAUAGUUUGUGCUGAUUUGUAAUUCAAUUUGGUUUGCUAAAGGGAAUGUGAGAGGUUUGUAUAUUCUACAAAAUAUUGUGGUUGUGUAAUACUGUCAUUUGAGAGAGAGAGAGAGAGAGAGAGAGAGAGAGAGAGUCACUUCAAAAGCCUAAAGAUUGUUUUAGAUACAUUUAAUAUAGUUCUGUUUCAUUACAUUAUAAAGAUAUUUUUAAUUGUUUUUCUGUUUCACAGAAUCUGUAUAUAUCACUAAAUGAUCUACAUAUAUUUGCCAUGAUGUCUGUUAAGGUAAUCAUGUAUUUGUUUUUAUUAAAACACUAUUCAAAAUUAAAGAAUUGACAAAAAUAUUUACAAAACAAAAGCACAAUUUUACAAUCAUGAUGAAAGAACUUUGGUGUUGUAAAUAGCUUCACUUUAAAUGUUUUCUGUCGAUUGUUUCAUUAUGGGUAAGUUUUUGUUUGAAAAAUUCUUGUUAAAAUUCAGAGUUUGUUAAUUAAUACAGUUCUUCUUAAACAUUCUUGUAAUGAUUACAUCUCACAAGAAACUGAUUUUCCAUGGUUUUGAAAAUAUAGAAAAUAAUUUGAUAUAAUGAAUUUUGCUUAUAAUGAAACAAAAUGAUCUGGCCUCAGUAGAGCAGAGUUAAUACUUACAGUGAUUUUUUAAGACCCAUUUUAGGUCCGAAUAUCGGCCCUUUCUCGUCCCAAAAAUUACUUAUUUUUUUCCCAAUUUAACUUGCACUUUUCCCAAUAAUAAAAAUUUGUGAAAAACGUAUUUGUUUAAAAAAAAUUCGGUGUGAAUAGUUUAUGUACAACAUGACAAGGACGCAUCAAUUUUAGAUGAUAAAUAAAGAAUAGUCGAAAAUUUUAAUAGCUUAAAGAAAAGAAAGAUAAAUAUGUAAAAUAAAAGAAGAAUGACAUGAAUUUGUGUUUAAUUUCUUGUUUGAUUUGAUAUAUUUAGCAUGUUUACAAUAAUGUCUAGGUUUUCCCAAUUUGAAAGCCACAGGACCCUUUUGAAAAAUCACUGAACUAUUCUUGUAUUUCCAGUGUAGAGAUUAAAAAGUAAUAAAUUUCAACCAAGGUCAUCAUUCACCCACUUAAGUAGCCUUUUAUAUAUAUAUAUAUAUAUACAUUUUGUAUAUAAAGCAUGGUUUGGUUUUGAGAUAACCAUAUGAAAUGUUAUUUUUCUGUUUAUGCCAUUUCAAAGAUUGUAUUACAAUUUUAAAAAAAAAAGCAUUUCUUAUGUGAACAACUCAAGAAAUAAGAAAUUAAUGUCAUUAUCAUUCAUUGCAUGUAUAUUCUAUUUAGUUUAUUUAUGGAAUGGUCUGAAACAUGGCAGUAUUUUGCGCAGUAUUUGUGUACAUUUUGAGGAAUGUAAAACUGGCCACAUGGUUGAUAGUGUGGAUAAUGCUUACAUGUACUUGACAGCUUCAUUAAAAAUGUUGUCAGUUUGCUUUAAGUUAUGUAUACUUUUUAUACCUCACAGGUUUGUAGAUAGUUGGACGUGAUCUAACAGAGAAGAUCAAAUAAUAUUAUUUUAUUUUGUAUGGAAUGCAUUGUAAAUUUGCAUUUAAAAUAUAUAAUCUGCGGGCGAAGGAUUCUCAAGUACCAAUUAAUGGUAGUCUCGCCAAAGUUAGAAUGUACAGGAAUGGCCUUGUCCUGUCUGUUUAUCUAACAUAAUGUAGUAGAACCAGUGAACUACAGUAGAGAAUGACUCCAGACAAUACUGACACUGAGAAGGAUAUCAAGUAUAACAAGAUACCAUGUCACCACCAGACUCUGUAUCUAAGGUCAUUAGAAAAGGUCAAAGUAAUGGGAGUCAUUUUCUUCAGAUUUCAGUACUUUGUUUUUAAUGUUAUUAAAAAUCAAGAAGAAUGGGUCAAGAUGGAAAUGGAGUUUAUGAAGUAUUUUGAAUACACAUAGAAGUAUUUCAUGGGGGGGGGGGGGGGGGGGGGGGGGGGGGGGGGUUCGGUUUCACCAUGUCUGCCUGUCUUGGGACAAUUGACUUGCUUCACCCAAUUAGUGUAGAUUCAAGUUGGUGACAAAAGAGCUCUACUGUGUUGCUCAGAUUUGCAUUUCCUCCCUUUCACAGUGAAUAUUGACACAAAUCAAGGUCACAAGAAGUAACUUAUAUUCAUGUGAAACAUGAAGAUUGUUGAAAUUCGUAUCUUUCUGGUUCUCAGUUAUACAAUACUUUAAAUAUGGAUGAGCUCGCGGGAGUAUUAGGGCAGGUCUAGUAGAUUUUUACAAUAUGUUAUACAUUAAAAGAGAUUGACAUCGGAAAUAAAAGAUUGUAAUUCGU